UAUUUAAGUCACAACUCCACUCUUUAACAGACAUAAAAAAUAUUUAUAUGUAGAAAGAAAGACAUUUAAUAGUAUAUUCCACAUAUGGCUGUGGUAAAAUGUUACCACAACUUUGAAAGGUGUGGAAUCGCCUCUGUGGAAAAGAUUAAAUAUAAUUGGAUGACCAUAGGGUAUAAUUUUUUGAUUGGCUGUAAAUGAACUGCUAAAACUGAAAUGUUAUAACUAGAACGAAAGAAACUUACAACUAUAACAUCAGUGUUCAUUUUAAAAUAAUUUCUAUGUCCUCCGACUACAAAAAACAUCUUGUUAAAAUAACGUUUUAAACUAACACACCCGCCUGUUCUUAAGUAACUAACUGCCAAUCAGAAACCACGAGCUUGCGAGUUACCAGGCAGAUUAUGUUAAUAUAUGCAAUGCGGCCAUCUCUGCAGCUACCAUUCUGAGACACCGCGGCUGUCUAAGGAGGGAAGUUAUCACUGUGGUGAAAGGCCUGGCACCUUGCUGCCAUGGAGACCAAGCAGGAACCCUCAGCAGUGUGGAGUCAGACUCUUAACAGUGACUCAAACAACGGCACACAGGUGCAUUUUGAAGGUGGCACUGUGGCCCAAAUAGUGUACAGCGGGGAUCAGGCAGACAGAGGACAGCAGCAGGUGGUUUAUACAGCAGAUGGAAACUCCUAUACCUCGGUAGAGUCUGCAGAGCACACACUGGUCUACAUACACCCUGCAGAUGGCACUCAGACUGUAUUUGCUGAUCAGCCACAAGUGGCUUACAUUCAGCAGGACGGUACUACUCAACAGGUCACAGUCCUACUGCCUGGUGGGCAGAACAUGAAUGCAGCCAAUCUGCAUGUUCUCAGUAAUGUAGCAGAUGCGCCACAAGCUAUCCUGGAGCCGGUUACCCAGGAGCAGUUGUCUGUGUCCAAUUCUCUCACCUCAAUGGGUGACAUCGCAGACCCUCCUUCUAGUCCUCUCGGGGCCACAGACUCUACAGAGGAUUCUGAUGAAGAUGAGGAUGAAGACUCUGAGAUGGACGACUGGGAGCCGCAUCAGCCUCAAUCAUUUAACCCUCACAACCUCUGGUGCGAGGAGUGUAAUAUUGCAAACCCCUCAGUUUGUCUGAAGCACGGUCCUCUCCACCCCAUCCCCAACCGGCCGGUGAUGUCCAAAGCAAGAGCCAGUCUGCCUCUUGUCCUGUACAUUGACCGCUUCCUGGGCGGAGUGUUUUCUAAGAGACGCAUCCCAAAACGCACACAGUUUGGUCCUGUGGAGGGGCCACUGGUUCCACAGAGCGAGCUGCAGGACCACUACAUUCACUUGAAAGUGUGUCUGCUGGAUGCAGAGAAGGAUGGAGAGAAGUCUAAUGACAUGUGGUUGGACCUUUCUGAUGAGGACAGUUGCAACUGGAUGAUGUUUGUGAGACCUGCUCAGAAUCACUUAGAGCAGAACUUGGUGGCCUAUCAGUACGGCUCAGAGAUAUUUUACACAACUAUCAAGAAUAUCCAACCCAAGCAGGAGCUAAAGGUCUGGUAUGCAGCAUCAUAUGCAGAGUUUGUAAAUCAAAAAAUUCAUGAUGUUACAGAAGAAGAGAGAAAAGUGCUUCGGGAGCAAGAGAAGAACUGGCCUUGUUAUGAGUGUAACCGUCGCUUUGUGAGCUCUGAACAACUGCAGCAACAUCUCAAUAUGCACGAUGACAAAUUAAGCUCUGUUACCAGGUCCAGAGGCCGGGGCCGAGGAAGAGGCAGGAAGAGGUUUGGGACAGGAAGAAGACCUGGACGCCCACCUAAAUUUAUACGUUUGGAUCCACCAGUAGAUGCUAGUGGAGAGAAGACAACAGAAAUGCUCGAAUUGACAGAGAAACCAGUGGAAGACCGCGCAGAGGGAGCUCAGAAUGGGCUCAAGGUGGUGGAGAUAGAGUCAGAAGGGGAGGUCGGGACAGAGACAGAGAGUCAGCUUAUACCUCCUGCUGGGGAACCGGUUCCAGAGUCUGUAGCACCGCCCCCCAGUACAGACCUGCCUAUUCCAUUAAAGGAGGAUCCGGCACAGAGUGUCCAAUCAGAUGCUCAUCUCACAUCGCAAGACAUGCGUCGUGCCAAGAGAAUACGGAAUGCAGCGCUGCAGCACCUUUUUAUCAGGAAGAGUUUCCGUCCUUUUAAAUGCACCCACUGUGGGAAGGCCUUCCGGGACAAAGACAAGCUGGAACAGCACCUGCGAGUCCAUGGUCGGGAAGCCUACACCUUUUCCUGCCACAUUUGCAGCAAGAGCUUCAUGACUGAUUCAGCCCUGGAUGAUCAUCUCCUAGUGCACACAGAGAAUCGCUCCUAUUCUUGUCUCCUAUGCCCAGAAACUUUUGAAAGACUGGACCUGCUCAAAGACCAUGUAGGCGUCCAUGCUGUGGAUGGCUUCUUUACUUGUCCUACGUGCAAGAAGACAUUUAGUGAUUUCAUCCAGGUAAAGAAGCACAUCCGCUGCUUCCAUUCAGAGAAGAACUUCCAGUGCCCAGACUGUGACAAGGCCUUCUGUCGACCUGACAAGCUGCGCUUGCACAUGUUGCGCCACUCUGACCGCAAGGACUUCCUGUGCUCAACAUGUGGCAAACAGUUCAAGAGAAAAGAUAAGCUGCGGGAGCACAUGCAGCGGAUGCACAAUCCUGACAGAGAGGCCAAGAAGGCUGACCGGAUCCACCGCUCCAAAACCCUCAAACUAAAGGUCCCCACCACUGACUUUGAGAGCUUCAUGUUCAAAUGCAGAGUGUGCAUGAUGGGAUUCAGACGCAGGGGAAUGCUGGUUAAUCAUUUGUCCAAGCGUCAUCCAGAGAUGCGUAUUGAUGACGUGCCUGAGCUAACGCUGCCAAUUAUCAAGCCCAACAGGGACUACUUCUGCCAGUACUGUGACAAGGUAUAUAAGAGUGCCAGUAAGAGAAAAGCUCACAUACUGAAAAACCAUCCAGGGGCAGAAUUGCCUCCCAGCAUCCGUAAGUUACGCCCAGCUGCUCCUGGUGAGCCAGACCCUAUGUUGAGCACACACACACAGCUGACUGGGACCAUCGCUACUGCACCAGUCUGCUGUCCACACUGCUCCAAACAGUACAGCAGCAAGACUAAGAUGGUUCAACAUAUCAGGAAAAAGCAUCCAGAGUUUGCUCAGCUAGCCAACACCAUCCCGACUACAGCAGUGAUCAGUAGCACUCCUGCAGUCAUCAGUACAGAUGGUACCACGGCUGAGGCUGUAGUGACCACAGAUCUGUUGACCCAGGCUAUGACAGAACUUUCUCAAACACUAACCACAGACUAUAGAACAGCACAGGGGGAUUACCAGAGGAUCCAGUACAUUCCUGUCUCUCAGGCAGGAGGUACUUUGUCCCAGCCACAGCACAUUCAACUUCAGGUGGUCCAGGUAGCACCGGCUUCCUCCCCACAUUCCCAGCACCCAACAGUAGAUGUGAACCAGCUACACGACCCUCAUGGUUACAGUCAGCACCCAAUCCAGGUGCAACAGAUUCAGGUUACUGAGCCCUCAAGCUCUGGACAAGGUGCCACCCAGGUUACUGGUCAGCCCCUCAGCCCCACCUCCCAGCAGACUAGUCAGGAGCUGAGCCCUGCCCAACUGACUCCUGUCACUUUAGCCCAGAGCCACACCCUCCAGACAAGCAGCACCCAGCAGCAGGGGACGGUGCAGCACGCUUACAUACCGGGAAACUGGAACUACCGAGGCUACUCGUCUGAAAUCCAGAUGAUGACACUACCUCAUGCACAGUAUGUGAUAGCUGAGGCUAGCACUCCUGUAUCUGGAGUCAGCAGCAACCAGGUGAAAACGACACACUACGUGAUCUCUGAGGGUCAGACUGAGCUUGAGACGAAGCAGACUGUUCCUCAGAGCACAACCCAGACACACACCGAACCACUGGAGGAGCAGCCGACGAAUCAGCAAGCUACCACACAGUACAUCAUCACCACAACCACAAAUGGUAGUGGCACUAGUGAAGUUCACAUCACUAAGCCCUGAACUGUGCAGUGAUGUAACUUUGCAAAGCCAGUGCAGACUCAUGGACUAAUCCUGCAUGUUGUCCACAGCAGCUUGUAUGCACAUGAAUAAAUAAAUACCUUGUCAUGUGAUCAUGCCACUGUCACGUGUGUAUAUACAGAGAUGAAAUGCAUCAACACAGUUUUAUGUGUCUGUAAAGUGUUAAAUGUUGUGUUGCAAACUGCCAGAACUUUAUGAGAAAAAUAAAGUCAGUCGACAGUAAAAAAUGUGAUGCUUUUAUUUUGGAAAGAUUAUAAUUUAAAAAAAACCUAAACUAAAUACAUGUUUUAAAAAAAGAUACUGGGAUUUUUUUUUUUUUUUUUAGAAAUAAUUUAAUUGAAACUGCUUAUACUUGAGUUAUUGAAGUGAUGGGAAGCUUCUACAGAUUUGAUAUCCCAUUUUGCAUAUCUGUAAUUUUGCACACAUUCCUUAAAGUAUUUGUAAAAAAAUUAAAAAAAGAGAGAAUAUGGAAUAAAUAUUCCAAAAUGUCAGAAAUGGGUCAUGGUCCUCACACAUCUGUUACAUGUUAUCUGUUAUCCUAGAAUAUUGUUGCGCCUGUCUGCUAUGAUUUUACUCUGUUGUUACUUGGUUGUUUUUAUUUUUACAGUCUGGACUGACUUGAUAAUCAGAAAUUUCCAGUGAGUUAUUUUACUCAUUAUUUGUCUUUGUUAUCAUAUCUCUGUUUAGUAAAGUUUAGAAAAGUAA